GCAGCAGAAAAGUCCUGCAGUCUCCUCGUGGGAACUUUCACUAGCACUCCGGUACCCCUGCUGUUUAUGAAAGUAGGCUACCCCUGUUGUUUCCAUCAAAGCCAUCAUCUUAAUGGCACUCAAAACUUUGUUUAAUGAAGACGUAUGAUGUUCCUGGCACUGGGUAAUGUGUUACAGUAGAAUCAGGAGGCUUUGCCUCCUUUUUGACCCCACUAAUUUGUGCCUGCAUGCCUUUUCUGCAUCCCCCUUUUCAGGCAGUAAAUAUCCAGCAGUGUCUAACACAAGCAUGCUUCAGCUAAAGCAAAGUGUGAUAAAAUGGGACGUAACUAAGGUAAGAAAACACGAAAAGUCUCAGAGCAUGCCCAAGGCCUGAGAAUACAUUUGAGGUAGAGGAUUUGGCUAAUAAAACCCAGGUGUGUGGAGAGUGCACUGGUUAUUCAUGCUGCAAUUGUUUCUUUUUGCUUGAGUGAUUAAUUUUGGAUUUGGGCUGGAAACCAGGAAUUUGAAUCCUUGGGGGCUGGAGGAAAAACAAGGCAAAGAAGCAGGAGGGUGAAGGGUGGCAGAGAUGCAGGGGCUUACAGGAGUGGGUGGAGGAGAAGUGGGCCGUCUCAGUCUGAAGCUCCUUUCUAUAGCAUGUACCCCAGCGUUGCACCUUUCCUCACGUUCAUAAUACACUUCUAAACUGCUAUCACUGCAUCAGCCCUGCCUCUGUGAGUUGCAGAGCUGUAAAAACAUUCUGUUUAUUCUGGGAGAGAGGCAUCAUUUGGCACAGACACAAGAGUAACAGCACAUCAAGGAAGAAAAGAUUUGAGAACAACUUUAUCUGCUGUUGCAACUGGACUUAAGAAAGUGGCUUCAAGAGGCCUCACCCCCACCUGUCUGUCUGCCCCCUCCAUAUAUUCCCAGAGCAGACAACAGGAACUAAGCAGACCUCCUUGCACAUCUGCUCCCACUCUUCUUGGGUGUCCUUUUGAGCGACCGGAGAGUGUGUUGCUUAACGACAUCUGUACAUUUGUUCAUCCAUCCAGCUGUGUGUGUGCUUAUGUGGGUUGUCCUUCACCCUGUAACUAUGAGGGCUACAAAUGUGCUGCUUUGUGUGGGUCUGGUCCUUCUUCCUGCUUCAAUCUGUCAGUCCCCUGCUGAACGUGACACAUACACAGAGUGUACAGAUGGCUAUGAGUGGGAUGCGCAGACUCAACUCUGUCGAGACAUAAACGAGUGUGAGACUAUACAGGGGGCGUGUCAGGGAGAGAUGAAAUGCUUUAACCACUAUGGUGGUUACCUGUGCCUUCCUCGCUCCGCUUCCAUUAUCACUGCCCCUGAGCCCUCCAGCCAAUCAGAGCCCAGUCUGCCUCAGGUGGAGACUAACGAGGCCUUUAACCCAUGCCCUGUUGGUUACAAAGCCCAAGGAGAUUCCUGUGUGGACAUUGAUGAGUGUGAACUGGACCAGCAUGACUGCCAGCCCAGCCAGCAGUGCAUCAACACAGUGGGCACCUACACCUGUCAAUGCCCUGACGGCUACAGCAAGAUUGGCAUAGAGUGUGUAGAUAUUGACGAGUGCAGGUACAGGUACUGUCAGCAUCGCUGUGUAAAUGUGCCUGGAUCUUUCUCUUGUGAGUGUGAGCCUGGGUUCCAGCUGGCAGGAAACAACCGAUCCUGUGUUGAUGUAAAUGAGUGUGAGAUGGGAGCACACUGUCAGCAUAGGUGUUACAAUACUUAUGGUUCAUUCCUGUGCCGCUGUGAUCAGGGCUAUGACCUGGGACCGGAUGGCCUCUUGUGCAAUGAUAUUGAUGAGUGCAGCUUUUCCAGUUACCUUUGUCAGUUUCAGUGUGUGAACGAGCCUGGAGGAUUCUCCUGUAUUUGUCCUAAUGGCUACGAGCUACUUGGAAUACGGCAAUGUCAAGAUGUAAAUGAGUGUGAGACCGGCACUCAGUGUGGAGAGGGACAGGUCUGUGUGAACAUCCAUGGGGGACAUCAGUGUGUUGACUCCAACCGCUGCCAGGACCCCUACACGCAGGUCUCAGAGAAUCGUUGUGUGUGUCCUGUGGUGAAGCCAGAGUGUCGCGAUUUGCCCUUCUCCGUUGUACAUCGAUUCAUGAGCAUCACCUCUGAACGUUCUGUUCCCUCCGACAUCUUCCAGAUCCAGGCCACCAGCAUUUACCCUGGAUCCUACAAUACCUUUCGCAUCCGCUCUGGAGACGACAGUGGAGAAUUCUACAUACGGCAAAUCAACAACAUCAGUGCCAUGUUGGUUCUUGCCCGAGCUGUGACUGGACCCAAAGAGUACAUCCUCGAUCUGGAGAUGGUGUCUGUUAAUCCUCUCAUGAACUACCAGACCAGCUCGGUGUUGCGUCUCAGCGUAUAUGUUGGGCCUCAUGCUUUCUGAGGAGUUAAAUGUAGGGAAAACACUGAAAGACAGGAUCAUUUUUAUAUUUCUGCUUUUGUGGCUGCUUUUUAUGUAUUGAAAAUUGGCAACACAGUUCCAGAAUUCAGCAGCUAAUGAUGUGAAAUCAUCUCUUUUUUUGUUUGUGGCUGACUUUGGCCUUUUAAUGCGGACCUAUUCUGGGAAGUGCUAAAGAAUCUGACCAUUCUUUCCUCUUACUUUGUCACUGAGGACUCAUUCUCACACAUACAUGUUGGUGCGGCUAUCUUUAUAAGGUCUCUCCAUAGACAUAAUGAUUUUUAUACAGUACGAACUAUAGAUUCUAUCCCCUAACCCUAACCCUACCCCUAAACCUAACCCUCACAAAAAACGUUCUGCAUUUUUACAUUUUCAAAAAAACAUUGUUUAGUAUGUUUUUUUUUUUUUUAAGCAAUUUGAAUUAUGGGGACACUAGAAAUGUCCUCAUAAACCACAUUUAUAGCAUAAUACUCUUGUAAUUACCAGUUUGUAACCUAAACAUUUCCUCGUAAACCACACACACACACACACACACACACACACAUAUACACAAAUGGUGAGAUUGAUCUACCUGUUACAAAUAUUUAAGGUUCAGAAAGAUAAGUCAAGAUAUUACAUGUGUGAUAUUAUUUCUUCUUUUAAACAUAUUUAUGAUUGUCUAACCAUGUGAAGAAAUGUGAUUAUAAUUAUUCAACAUAUGUAUCCCAAAUCAUUUUUAUAACUAGGUUUACUUUUGUGAUACUGUAUAAUCUCUAACAAAAUCUAACAAACUACAGUAAACACAAAUCCAGCUUUCCAUGAAUCCUAAAUGCCACAAAAAUCUUCAGAAAAUUGUUGUCUUUUUAUUCUGUUUGCAUAAUUAGAUUGUGAAAAAAGUACAAAUUAAAUCAAAGAUCAAACAUUUCUUAAGUCUGCUCUCAUAUCUUUUUCAUAGGGCACCUUAAUCAGUGUAUGUUAAGUUAACAGUCCACUUCCUCUAUCUUGUUUCUGCUUCGUUCCUUUGUGUACCCUCUUUGCUGGCUUGUAUUUUUCUUUCAAAUGCAUUCUCUAUUCUUCAUAUUGAUUUAAAACCGAUUUAAAAUGUCCAUUGAUGUUAGUAAUUUGUUUGCGUAUUUAGGGGGUAAGUAAAUAAAAUGUAUCACUCAGGUGC